UGAGGCUGUAGCAACACUGGAAGGGAGUUGCUGCCUCUGAGUGGCCCGAGGCCCUGGGCAGCUGGCCAGUCCUGGUUGCUAUAAAAGGGAGCCGACACUGAGCACUGCAUGUCCUUUGGCAACUUUGAAUUGGGGAGACCUGGUGGGGCAAAUCCUUGGACACCAUGCUGACGGAUCUGGAGAGUGCCAUUAACUCCCUGAUUGAAGUCUACCACAGGUACUCCCUGCUGAAAGGGAAUUACCAUGCCGUCUACAGGGAUGACUUGAAGAAAUUGUUAGAGACAGAGUGUCCUAAGUAUAUGAAGAAAAAGGAUGCAGACACUUGGUUCAAAGAGUUGGACAUUAAUCAGGAUGGUGGAGUUAACUUCGAGGAGUUCAUGGUGCUGGUGAUAAAGGUGGGCCUGGCAACCCAUGAAGACAUUCACAAAGAAUAGCAGAGCUACUGGGCCUGGGGCUAGGCCCCUGGACUCAUCCCUGCAGAGUAAUAAAAUAGUUGAUACCUCA